UGACGAAAUGAUCUCAAAGGCAAGGGAGCUCAUACAAGGUAACCGGCGCGCGGCCAACAAGGUCCGCCAACAGCCCGGUUACGUGGAGAAAGGCAAAGGUCAGUGGACGCCACAAGUAGCAGCAGUCCAGCAAGGACCUAGUGAGGACCACGCAGCCGCGUCUACAUCAAGUGACGGAGAUGUGGCGGCAGCGAUACCACAGCAACGCUCAAGACCCCGAGGGGGAAAACAAAGGCGAAACCAGCGUUGGCGGAUGGAGCACGACAGGCACCAUGGACAAAGUUUGGCAUUACCGAAGACAUGUUCAAGUUGCGACAAAAAUGGGGAUGCUGUUUUUGGUGCAAGAGCACCAAACACAUCACCAGCGCAUGCCUCGACAAGGACAAGGAGAAUGUCAAACGUCCAAGCUCGGGAAAUUGAGCACCGCGGGAAGUGCAACGACAUCACUUCCCAAUCCGUCGGAGAAGGCUGCCUUGCUAUCAGUCUCUCUCACAUCCGGGGAUGACGCGGUAGUCGCAAGUUCUCGUAUCGAUUUUGAGAACUAUGUUGUCGAGCUGGUCCCACCGUUGAACCAGCCUCUUCACGUGCAAGAUUUAAGCGCAGGCGCGGUAGUUCCGUCGUCGGACAACGAACCGGUUGCUUCGCCAGCCCUUCUAUCGGACGAUCCGUCACUUUGGGCGAGUCUUGAGGAACUCGACCCGUUGACGAUUGAGGACUUCCAAUGGUUGCCUCUUCCCUCCACCGGUUCUUUGCCAACUCCGCAUUGCACCGCCUUAAUGGCACAUUUGCGCGAAUACUUGCACGCUGCAGUACCACCUCAAUCGACGGGAGGCGGAGUAGCGGUUGUUGGCCUUCGUAGCUAUCUUGCGAAGAUCGACCCCGAGCACGCAACGCAACGGUACCUCGACAUCGACGCGCCGCUCCUCUACAUCCACAUUCAGAUCGGAAAGGCGACCUGCAGUGCCUUGAUCGAUUGUGGAGCGUCUCGCAGCUGCAUCAGCCAAGACUUCAUGGCACGCGCCAAGCUUGGCCCGCGCGUUCGAAGGAAAAGUCAGCCUACGCACGUCACGUUGGCCGAUGGUCACACGCAAAAGCCAAUCGACCGAUGCGUUGACUCGGUGCCUGUGUACUUUGCCCCGCUAGCAUGUGAGGCCGUGUCAUUCGACACAUUGGACCCUAAGUUCGAUAUGAUCUUAGGCAUGUCGUGGCUGCAAAGCGAAGACCAUCCGGUGAACUUCUAUCGACGCACCGUUCACGUUCGUGACCGGCGUGGCGAAUUAGUCUCGUCGGCUAUGACGACGGAAUUUCGCGACUUGCUCGACCGCACCGUACUCAUUUACCUUGAUGAUAUCUUGGUUUAUAGCCGGACGCUGGACGAGCACCUCAAGCACCUUCGCACCGUUUUGGAGCGGCUCCGUAUCGUCAAGUACAAGGCGAACCGCGACAAGUGUGAGUUUGCCCAGCAAGAGUUGGAGUACAUAGGCCACUACGUUACGCCACAAGGCAUUCGUCCGCUUACGGACAAAGUGCAAGCCAUUCAAGAUUGGCCGGACCUCAAGUGUACAACCGACGUCCGCUCCUUUCUUGGCUUAGGAUCAUACUACAUGCGCUUCGUCAAAGGUUUUCAACAGAUCGCUGCACCAUUGUCGCGACUUCAGUCCCCCUUCGUGCCCUUCGAGUUGAACGACGAAGCCCGACACGCGUUCCAUACGCUGAAGACGGCUUUGCUCCAAGCUCCCGUCUUAAGCAUCUAUGACCCGACCUUGCCUACCAAAGUGACUACGGACGCUUCCGGCUAUGGCAUUGGCGCAGUUUUGGAACAACAUGACGGCACAGACUGGCAUCCGGUUGAGUACUUCAGCCAAAAGGUGUUGCCCAUCAAUUCACUUGAUGAUGCGAGGAAAAAUGCACCAACCAGCCCCAAGAGGCCGGUUCCACCUCCUCUCCCAGUUCAGCAGGCCGAUGAACCGCUCCUAGCGUUCCUAGACCGUCUCCAGAAGUAUUCCGAGACGACGGCUGCUGAACAACGCAAGUGGGAAGAAGAGGAAGCCGCCCGCCAGCAGGAGAUUCAACGCCAGCUGGCAGAGGCAGAGGCAGGAUGUCAGCAGGCCGCAGCAGAAGCUGCAGCAGCCGCACGGUUGCAACAGCAGCAGGUCGAGGCAGAUCAGAACCAGGGUCGUUACCAAGCCACUAUGGAUCUGACUCGCGAUGAAGCCACCUAUGGCAGGCUACUUCGCCGACAGCAUUUCCAUGAAACCCAAGAACGGCAAGAGCCAACCACGGAGGAAGCAGAUAAAGUAGGAAUAGCAGUUCUGAUGGAGAAUCUGCUGAACACAUGCAAUUGGCAGCAACGCGAACUGCUCGCCAUGCGGCAGGUCCUCAUCCGCCAUGAAACAACACUCAAGGCAAUGGAUAACAGGAUCACGUCGCUGCAGGCCGAGAACAGGACACUACAUGCCGCCAACAGCCAACAGCAGACACUCAACCACCAGCUGCAGGCAGAUGUCAGCAACGGGUUGGCACAGCUGUCAGCAGCUGCGUCAACGGGCACUGCAACAGUCGACUGCAGCCCAGCUUUGACCGCACAGGCAAAGCAAUUGGAAGAGCGGGUCAAUCAUUUACUCGCAUCCCUGGGCGACAUCAGCAAGUUUGCAGGAGUCUCUACAGUCAGCAAUCAGCUGCAGAUGCUCAGCGACUGUGUCGACCAACGUCCGGUCGCCGUCGCCAAGGAAUGGAAGAUGUCGAACUUCAAAAUCAAGAAGUUUGACGACUAUCACAAGACCGAUCCGCUGCAAUGGUGGAUGGCAUUCAACGCAGAGGCCGACGUGCAUCAUACUCCGCCCCUACGGCGGCUGGAUGCAUUGUACCUCCAACUUAUAGGCGGAGCGCAAGCAUUCAUGGCACACAUGGCCGCGGCGCUUGAGUGUACCAUCGCCACCCUCCACACGAAGAUCAUGUGGGAGGAGUUUGAGAAGAAAUGGAAAACCCGGUUCAUGGUGAACAAUGACAAGCGUCACGCCUUGAACAAGAUCUUCCACAUCUUCCAAGGCCAGCAACCUUCGUGGGAAUGGCUGACGGACUGGCAAAGACUCGUCGCCACCCCGGAGUUGAACCUACCGUUCGACUCGAUCCGAGGCGAAUUCUUCGCCCGAUCCUGCGACGCCUUCACUGCUGCUCUCGGCAGCGAAUACGAGUAUAAGAACUUUGAUGACAUGAUCGCCAAAGCCAGAGAGCUUAUACAAGGUAACCGGCGUGCGGCUAAUGAGACUCGUCAUCAGCCCGGUUACGUGGAGAAAGGAAAAGGUCAACGGACGCCGCAAGUAGCAGCAGUCCAGCAAGGACAAAGUGAGGACUACGCAGCCUCUUCGACAUCAAGUGACGGAGAUGUGGCGGCAGCGAUACCACCGCAACGCUCAAAACCCCGAGGGGGAAAACAGAAGGCGAAACCAGCGUCGGCGGAUGGAGCACGACAGGCACCAUGGACAAAGUUCGGGAUUACCGAGGACAUGUUCAAGUUGCGACAGAAAUGGGGAUCGACAACACUUCCCAGUCCGCCGGAGUCGGCUGCCUUGCUAGCAGCCUCUCUCACAUCUGGGGACACCGCGGCAGUCGCAAGUUCUCGCGUUGAGUACGAGAACUAUGUUGUCGAGCUGGUCCCACCGAUGAACCAGCCUGUCCACGUGCAAGAUUCAAGCAUAUGCGCGGCAGUUCCGCCGUCAGACAAUGAACCGGUGGCUUCGCCAGCCAUCUUAUCGGAGGAUUCGUCAACUUGGGCGAGACUUGAGGAUCUCGACCCGUUGACGGUUGAGGACUUCCAAUGGUUGCUUCUGCCCUCCACCGGUUCUUUGCCAACUCCGCAUUGCAAUGCCUUAAUGGCACAUCUACGCGAAUACUUACACGCUGCAGUACCACCUCCGUCGACGGACGGCGGAGUAGAGGUUGUUGACCUUUGCAAUUUUCUCGCGAAGAUUGACCGCGAGUACGCAACGCAACGGUACGUCGACACCGACGCACCGCUCCUCUACAUCCGCAGUCAGAUCGGAAAGGCGACCUGCAGUGCCUUGAUCGAUUGUGGAGCGACUCGCAACUACAUCAGCCAAGACUUCAUGGCACGUGCCGGGCUAGGCCCGCACCCAUACGGUGCUCCCGUUCUCUUCGUCCGGAAGAAGAACAAGGACCUUCGGUUGUGCAUCGACUAUCGUAAACUCAACGCACAAACGAUCAAGAGCGCCGGCCCUCUCCCUCGGAUCGAUGAUCUUCUCGAGCGACUCGGCAACGCCAAGUACUUCUCCAAGCUAGACGUCAAGUCCGGUUAUCACCAGAUCGAGAUUCAGCCAAGAGAUCAGUACAAGACCGCAUUCAAGACGCGGUAUGGGCAUUUUGAGUGGAUCGUCAUGCCUUUCGGUCUCACCAAUGCCCCGGCUACUUUCCAAGCGGCUAUGACAACGGAAUUUCGCGACCUGCUCGACCGCUCCGUACUCAUUUACCUCGAUGACAUCUUGGUUUAUAGUCGGUCGCUGGACGAGCAUCUCGAGCAACUUCCCGCCAUAUUGGAGCGGCUUCGUAUCGCCAAGUACAAGGCAAACCGCGACAAGUGCGAGUUUGUCCAGCAAGAACUGGAAUACUUGGGCCAUUACGUCACGCCGCAAGGCAUUCGUCCGCUUGCGAACAAGUUACAAGCUAUUCAAGAUUGGUCGGACCUCAAGUUCCCCGUGGUGCCUUUCGAGUUCAGCGAUGAGGCCCGGCAUGCGUUUCACACACUUAAGACGGCUUUGCUUCAAGCUCCCGUCCUAAGCAUCUAUGACCUGACGUUGCCUACCAAACUGACUACGGACGCUUCCGGUUACGACAUUGGCGCGGUUUUGGAACAGCACGAUGACACAGACUGGCAUCCGGUUGAGUAUGUCAGCCAAAAGGUGCCACCCAUGAACACUCUUGAUGAUGCGAGGAAGAGGGAACUCCUAGCUUUUGUCUCCGUACUUAAGCGUUGGCGUCACUUUCUCCUCGGGCGUCGGCGAUUCACGUGGGCAAUGGACAACAAUCCGUUGACAUAUUACAAGACGCAAGAUAUGGUGAGCAGCACGAUCGGUCGGUGGAUGUAUUUCAUUGACCAGUUCGACUUCACCUCCAAGCACAUUCUGGGCUCCUCGAACAAGGCGGCGGAUGCUCUCUCGCGAACACCCGAUCUUUGCGCCAUGGUACACUCCACGUUCGGCCUCGACGAGGACCUCCAACAACAUUUCGUAAACGGCUACAAGUCGGAUCCGGGAUUCUCCACACUCUACGCAGAAUUAUCAUCGGACCAACCGCCGACAAGCAACUAUCGCAUCACCGACGGCUACUUGCUCCUCCAUACGCAAGGCAAGGACUUGUUGUUGCGUAGGGGAUCCGUUCACAGCAGGGGGGAUCCUCAUGCGAUUCUGCAGGUUGCACAGGUGGCGGAGACUCGUUGUGGUCUUGACCAAUUGGCUCCGGGCCUUUGUGACAACCGAUUUGACCAUGAGUGCGUUGAUGAUGAGGUCGAUGACGAGGAAGAAGAGGAAGAAGUAUGGAAACAGGAAGGAGAAGAAGAUGAUGAUGCAAUAAAGGACGUCGGUGGGGGUGGCGGUGAUGAUGGUGGUGGUGCUGCUGAUACUGAUGGCAAUGAUGGCGGUGGUGGUUGUGGGCGUUGUGGUGGUGGGGGUUGUGGUGGCGGAGGUAGUGGCAGCAGUGGCGGCGGAGGAGGUAUACCUUCUGCCGCAGCGGCAACAACAACAGUCGUUGUAUUGGUAGGAUGCUGGCCUUCAUCCCUUACUGCCAUUUCGAUAACGUUCACAUUGUUUAAUGCGGCUGGCAUGAUCUAUGUCUGAGUUGGCAUAUCGACAUUAGCGUCUACCAUUUC